AUGGAAGAUACCGGCCCGGCUCAGGCGGGCGCCAACGCCUUGCGUCUCCUCUCCUCUGAAACCUCCUCCGCGGCUGCCUCCGCGCCGCGUGCUCGCGGCAGCACGUCGUCAGAGCCCGGAUGCCCGCCCGUGGAGGUUGCUCGCGAGGACUCGACGCUUGCUUGCGGCUCGCCCUCGGCUUCAGCGUCGCCUCCGGGGGCUUCACGGCCGUCUCCUGAGGCUUCAGCCCCUGAAGACGAAGAGGCGGGCAAGAAGGUCGAAGCGCUGCGCCUCCUCCGGGAGCUCUUCUCCCCCUCGCAGACGUCCUCGCUGGACGCCCUUCUUUCUGAGGCGUCCUUCACCUCUUCCUGCUCCCGCACGUCGUCUGUGCCCUCGCCCGCGAGUUUGCCAGCGGCGGAGACAGGCGGACAUGGCGCCUCUACUUCCCUCGCCGCCCGGCUAGGGGCGUACAUGGUCAGCGCCCUCGCCAGGUACAGAGAGAUCUUGCGACGCGAACAAGACGGCUGCCCUGUCGACCCUGACGAAGAGGAGGAGGUUCAGGCUGCUCUUGGCACCCUUCUGAAAGCGACCGGCGCAGAGCCCAACAGGCCCGAAACCGACCGCCCCGAGCUCCUCGCACCAUUCAGACCCAAGUACGCCGGGCGCAGACUUCUGCAGAAGACUGCGCAGGACCUUUACAAAGUCUAUCGGAGAGAAAGGCAACGCGAGGAAGAACAACGCAGCCAAAGCGGCGCCCAGACGCCCUCGGGUUUCCCGGCCUCGGACUGCGCGCUGCUUUGCCUCGCGCAUCUAUACGGAAUGUUGGGUCAGAACUACAUCAACACGGAGGAGACGCAGGAAGGAGAGAGGCGUCUGCGCAAGUGCGUGGAAGUCCUGAUGAAAGUCCCGCCGCCUCCGUUCGCGGCCGCUUUGUCCCCCCUCGACUGGAGCCUCCUCUUGCUAUUCUCGCCAAGUGCCCUGCGCCUGCGAGUUGCUGUGGCGCUUCUCGACCUCGCUGGACUCUACUGCCGCUGGCAGCGAACUCGCGACGCCCGCGCGUGCUUCUGGAGGGGGGCGGCUCUCCUGUCGCUCGCUGAAACAGAGCUCGACGCACGGCUCCAGGCCCUCGGCGGAGCCGAAGCCGAGGCACGGAGUUGCGCACGCGAAGGCGCCCACGAUGACGCGCGAGCGACUGUCCGCCUCCUCCUCGUGACGACGACUUCCCUGCGCUUCCUCCAGCGCUGCGUCUCGGCGCAGCUGAGGCUCCUGCCGCUGGAGGAAGACCCCAAGGGCGUUCCCGAGCCGCAGACGUGCCUCCGCGCGACAGCUCCACUAGAGGCCGCGCGAGAAACGUGCGUAGCGCUCAGCGAGCUGCUGGAGAAGCGCAGCGGCCUCCUCGAACGCGCGCGGCGCAGAGAGGCGCGGGAGAGGCAGGAGGCACCCAGUCCCACUGGUGCGGCGGCGGGCGCUGGCGCCGCGCCUGGGGAUGCGCCGAGCGCGCUUAGACCCGCGGCCGCUUCGGCUGACGCUCUUGUGGGGACUGCGGGUGGUGUGCGGCCGCCCAGCGCGUCUGACCCCUCUGCUUCGAGACGGAGCGGGGCGGCGACGGCGACCCCCAACUUGGUCCUUGCGUUCUUCGCCUUUUCGCCCUUCGUAGUCGACACAAAGGAGAUCGUGAGAAACCUGCUGUCCCUCGCCUCGUUCUUCGGGUUCUCCUCCGCCGCGGCCGGCGCGUCAGUGGCGGGCACGCAGGCCCCGCCCUCCGCGGAAAGCGGCCUUCUGAACCUCUUCUCGGCUGAGUACGUGCUGCUCACGGCUGAGGUCCUGUUGGAGGACGAGCGCGCGCGGGCGGCGGAGCUCAGGGGCCUUCGCGAGGAGAGGAGGCGAAGGCGGAAGGCCAACGCCGCGCGCGAAGCGCAGAAGCGCGAGUCAGGCAACUGGUCCGCGGACGCUGGCCUCCCGCAGAACCCAGCCGCCACAGAAGAGGGCGGAGACUGCGAAAGCGACGAUGAUGCAUGCGACAGCGAAGAGGCUGACCGCGAAGGCGGCGAGAUCGUCGCCCGCAUCUGCAGGCCAGACUCGCGGACGCUGGACGAGCUUCUCGCGGAAGUCCACCGAGACAAGGGCCUGCUCUACGCGCACCGUCUCCGGGCCUCGAGAGACGUGCUCUCCGACCCCGCGGGGUGCCUCGCCCCUCUCGUCAGGAGACACGAAGGUACAGCGACGGAGACGCCGGGCUGCAGCGCGGCGAACCGCGCCGAAGACGCCGAGAUGGCGUCCGAGGUGCACAGCGCACGCGACGAUUCCCACCGUUUUGUUGAUCUAAUAAACAAACAGGUAAGGGGAAAGACAGGACACAUGGAAGAAGUGCGCGUGGAGCCUCAACACCGGCGCGUGCGCACCCGCUCUCGCUCGGCGCCCAGCCUCCUCGCUUCUGUCUGCUUUGCAGUCUUCCUGGCUCUUCCGCUGUGCAGCAGCGCCUCUUCUGAAAAGCCCCGCGUGUCUCAGGAUGAGCAGCCUAGCCGCGUCGGGCGCUUUCAUCCGUGCCUCAACAACUCAGCUCCGUAUCUAGCAACGUCUGCUGCCCUGCACGCCUACGCCGCGAGCCGCCCCUCCCGCGCCCGCGGCCCCCCCGGGCCCCGCAGGUCCCCCGGGCCUCCUCUGGCCCCUGGGGCCUGGCUCGUCGCCGCUUCGGCUUUGCAUCCUUCGCUCUCGCACGCGUCUCGGGCGUUCGGUGGACAGUCUAUGAUCUUAGCUAUGGGUUGCAUUUCUAUUCUAGGUUCCUUAGUAUGGGCACACCAUAUGGUGACAGUCGGUCUAGAGGACUGCCACUUCCCGCCAGCCCUCCUCAACGUGCAGGACUGCCUUGCGCUGCUCUCGCUGCCUGAGGCUCUGCUCGCCGCUCGCCUCGCGGAGACUGACGCGCCGACCCUCUCGGCGGCCGGCGAUGAAAGCCGAGCAGGGACGCGCGCCGCUCCGCCGCACUCCGCAGUUACAGGCCCAGAGGCGCCUCGCCCUGCGUCGUCUUUUGCUGAGGUCUCCGCGGCGACGGCGUCUUCAGCGCCGAGCGACUUCUCUUUGCGCGCCCUGGAGGCGAGCAGACUGCUGCCUGGAGGUGAAUCGCAGGCGAAGACGACACAAGAAGGCGGCGCCACAGAAUCUCCGAGCAAGGAGGAAGUGACGCUGUGGAGGCCGAACGCAGAAGAGCGAGGAGACGCGCGCCUCGUUCGCUUGACCGACGUCCUCUACGUGCGCUGCGGAGUGCACUUCCCGACCAUGCAUCAGCAGGUCGCGAAGAAGAUGCAAGCGAUGAACCGCGAAUUCUUGACGGCAAUGGGCGACCUGCAACACCUUCACUCCUCCCUCCUGCCCUACAAAGACUUCAUCGCUCGGCAUCUCAUGGCGCUCGCGCUCUGCGACGACUUCGCCGCGCCGCGGAGUCUCUUCACGAUGGCGCGCCAUGAGGCACAGGAGGCUCUGAAGACCUUCGUCCUUGAUGGCUGGGCUAGCGAGCACACUCGGCUGAUUAUCCACGAAGCUGCUCUCUACAAGGAGCUGAUCUUCUUCGAGGACGACCUCCAGCGCUCCUCAGCGAUGCUUUCUCGACGCGCGAAACUCCUCUCCUCUCUCGUCACGGAGUUGAAUCCGCAGCACUAUUUAGACCUCGUGAGGCAAAUGCAGUUCGAGCUCGGCGACGUCUACAAAGACCUCUACGAGCUGAAGUGGACGGGCCGCAUGAACAAAGGCGACUCGCUGGACGACCUCGUUGAACUCGAUCCGGACAUGGUGCAGAAGGAAGAAAUCGAACGCAUGAAGAAGAGCAUAAAACUGCAUGCCUACGCCGAGCGCAGCAUCGCGUGCUUCACCAGCUUCAUCGACUCGUUUCGCAAGACUGCGCCACGCUCUGCGCGCAGCAAAGCGCAGGAGGCGGAGCCUGAGCCCGACAUCCCCUCUGAAGUUCUGCCUGUCUAUCUCGGCGCCCGCAUUAGCCGCGCGAAGAUGCUGACGCGCGCGGGACGAAACAAGGACGAGAUGAUUCAGGCAAUGGCUCAAGCUCUCAAGGAAUACGAAUGGCUCAAGCAGUUCCUCUCCAAGCAGCGCCCCGAGGGACGCUCGAAUCCGUUCCUCCUGCAUCAACUGGAGCUCUGCGAGCAGACGCUGCAGCUGCUGCCCCUGCGCAUCUCCAAGCUCGCCGCUCUCGGCCGCUGA